UUGUCUUUGUCCUUUGUGCUUUCAGAAGCUUUCUUGACCCACGAGCAACAUCUCAGGUUUCACAAUGGCGGAAGAGUAACCUCCUACUCCAUUGCCUCCUCGAGUGCAAGCCAAGCCGAAGUCUAAGAUUUCUGCAUCUCGAAAACUCUCCCUGAAGAUGCUUUUGCUGCAAAGAGCCAUGGAGGAGUUGGAACAGGAGACGGUCAGUCGUGAUGAGGAGAAGGUGAAAUAUCUGAGCGAGAAGCUUCCACCUCUUCAGAUAACUGGCCUCUCAAUGGAUGAGUUGCAGAAACUGUGUCGCAAACUCAAUGCCCAAAUCGAGGUAGUGGAUGAGGAGAGAUACGACUUUGAGGCCAAAGUGAAUAAAAACAACAGAGAUAUCCAUGAGCUGAAGCUGAAGGUGCAAGAUUUAGGAGGGAAGUUUAAGAAGCCUGCCCUGAGGAAGGUGCGCGUGUCUGCGGAUGAGAUGAUGCGAGCGCUGCUGGGCUCCAAACACAAGGGCUCCAUGGACCUCAGAGCCAACCUCAAAUCUGUAAAGAAAGAAGACAUUAAACAAGAGAAGGUUAUUUCGUCGGAGGUGGGAGACUGGCGUAAGAAUGUGGAGGCCAUGUCUGGUAUGGAGGGCAGGAAGAAGAUGUUUGAUGCUGCUGGUGGAGGACAGUAAUAGGAGUGUAUAUAAAAGUGUGUAUAAUUGUGUAUAUGUAUGCGUGUGCAUUUGUAUUAGUGACGUGUAAAACUAAUAAAUAAAUGAAUAAAAAGAGCUGAAA